AAGGAGUGAAAGAAAGGUUACUACGUGGUACGUGUGGCAUGUUUUUGUAAUUGGUGUAGAGUUUAAGUUUGUCAUCGCAAUGUGUCGUAUGUACGAUGAUCAUCAUCAGUGAUAGUUGACUGUACGCUUGUAUCGCAAUUGUUGAAGCAACGUUGAUCGCCGACACGUAAAAUGGCCUGGUUCGGAGAUAGCCUAUCCAGUCUGUCUAAUUUAAAGGGACAGAUUACGAAUUUCACGAAAGAGGUUUUAUCCGAUGGUAUCGUCGAGGAAAUAGAUGAACGAUCAAAAGCUUUAAAUGAAGCCAACGAAAGAUGCAAUCAACUGCAAGAUUUGCUCAAUUCGAAAGAUGCGGAGAUUUCCCUCCUACGCCGACAAAAUAUCGAAUUGCAGAGCGCCGUCAUCGAGCUGAACGAAAGAUCCAAAGAAUCGAAGGAUAUAAAUCACAGUGAUGAAACUGAAGGCGUCUUUUGCGAUCCGUCCUGCGUCGACAAUCGAAAUGCAAAGAAUCAGAAUGUACGUCAGCUACAGGAACAAUUGGCUCAAGCCACCGUAAAAGUACGCGAAUUAGAGCUGAAACAUGUUCAAAAGGUAACCAACACAUCCUUGAGAGAUGAUAUUUCCGAUGGACAUCAAAAGGCUGAAGUUGUACGAGCGAGACAAGAUAUGAUGAACCGUAUAAUACAAAUGGAAGAGAAGACUCGAGAAGCAGAACGUAAUGCUAAGCAUAUCCAAUUGGACGAGAUCAGUCUUAUCAAUGACUUUCGUUCAGUAAUGUCAAAAUUAAACUCACGUGAAAAGUUUGACUUGGUUAGUGGAGCAUUGAAAGCUUUACAAAUCGAGAGCGAAAUGCGCGAAAAGAAAAAUCAUGAAAAAUCCAACGAGCAACUCGAGAAAGUCGAGAAUGGCAUCGAAUAUAACACUUUAACUUUGAAACAUCAUUUAGACAAUAUAAGCUUGCAACAAAAUAAGCCCAGUGAUACGUCUCAAGAACUUUUGAUCAAUAAGCGAGAGGUAAUAUUACAACAAAGAAUAGAAGAACUCGAGAAUGAAAAUAAAGAUCUUUUGGACGCUAUGAACAAAUUGGACGAAGAGCAUACGCAAUCGAUUGAAAAACUAUUGUCACUCAGAGAAGAAACUAAUAAAAAGCAUCGUUCUCUACAAAGUGCAUAUGAGCAGCUUUCCAUAGAUUACAACAAAUCUCAAAAAAGAAUAAUUGAAUUUCGUAACAACGAUUUGAAACUCGAAACAAGUCAUCAAUCUAUCCAAACGGAUAAUUUAGAUAAUUUAGACAAACACAUUCAAACAACGGUUCCUUUUCAAAGAGAUGAUGUAGUGUCGGAAACAAGCGUUCUCGAGGAUAUUACUCGGAAAAUUAAGAUGAUUUUAAAAAGCUAUACCGUAACCACUGAACCGGGAGAAACCAUCUUUGAGGCCAUCGCGAAACAAUACGUUGAUACUAAAUGGAAAUUGGACGUUUUGGAAAGGAAAGUAACCGAGAUUACCAGAGAUUUAAAGGAAACUAAGGAAACGAAAGAUGUGUUGCAAAUAGAAUGCGAAGAAUUGCAGUGUCAUAUUGAUUCGUUAUUGUUGGAAAAUCAAGUUUUAAAAUCGAGUUUACCAUCUAUUCCUGAAGAAAGCGAAGAACGAGUAGUCUCCUUAGAAAUGGAAGUUGAAUCUUUACAGGAAGAAAUGAAACGACUUUCGAUUGAAAACGAAACGAUACGAGAAACAAAUACAACUUUAACGCUCGCGGCACAAGAUAACGGAAAGUUUUCGACAAAUCACAACCGUUUGCAAAAAGAUGUAAAUCACAAAAUAAGUGAUUCUUUCGUAAAGGAAGAUGAAGAAUUUUCAGCAUGUUUAGAAAAGAAUAACAAUUCAAAUGAGGAUGUGAUAUCGAGCGAACAAAUAAAACUCGAUUGUGAAAAUGUAACGCGAGAAUUAAAGUUGUCCCCGAUAACCGAGACAAAAUUGUUGGACAAUAAUCUUGUAUCGUUGCAAGAUCGAGAUAAAUUGGCAAAUGAAGAUAAACAAGAUUUGUUACAGGAAAAUAUGCAAUUACAUUGCACGACUUUGCAAAAAUGUGACCUACAAGAAGAAAAUGAUUACCAAUUGCACGACUUACAGAAACGGCUUGACAUGGCUAAUCGCGAGAAAUUUGAUUUAGAGAAUGAUAUCUCACGCAAGGAAAAAGAAUUGGAUGCAAUGCAGAUUCAAAUGGACAUGAAGCAAUCUCAAAUAACAAAAUUAAAUCAGGAUAAUGAUAGAUUAAUUAAAGAAAAUAUGUCUUUGUCGGAGCAACUAACUGCUACGCACGAUGAAUCAUUGGACAAGAUAGAAUUGUUAAAUACGGAAAUGUCGUUGCUUCAACAAGAACAUAAAGAUUUGAAACAGGAGACAUUGAUUUACAAGGAAGAAUUGAAUCGGACAAAGGAUAAAUUGUACGAGGCGCAACAACAUUAUGCAAAAUUGGAAAAUGAAUAUUAUUAUAAUAUAAAUGUCUUAAAAGUGCAGUUGAAUGAAGUUGAAUUAGAAAAGACAAAAAUUCAAACACAAGCGAUAACAAUGGAAGAGCUUGAAAAUGAAUUGAGUUUGAAGCAAUCGUUUAUAGAAAAGUUGAAUUUUCUACGAAACAGAUGUAAGCUAUUAGAAGAAGAAAUAAAAGUUGUUCGUACUAAAGAAAUGCAAUUGUUGGAAUCUCGCGAAGAUACAUUGGAGAUAUCUUUGCCAAACAUAGAUGGAGUCAAUAACAGCAGACUGGAGGAAGAACUUUCAACCGUUGAGGAUAAUUUAGUUGAAAAAGAAAACGUGAAAGCGGAAAUGCAAGAUUUGUCGAGAGAUACAUGGAACAAUAACGAACAACAGACAUUUGCUGCGUCGAUUAUCGAUGAAAAUGAUAUCAACAAAUACAUGAUGAAUGAAAUUACUGAAUUACGCAAUAAAUUACAAAUUUCCAUCGAGAAUAGUAAAGAAUCGGCAGAGAUGGCUAAACAGACCAUCGAGGGCCUCUCUCAUCUUAUUCGAAAAAAAGAUCAGGAGAUAAGCAUUUUACAAGGUGAGAUGGAUCGCGCGAACACUAUUGUCACAGAAACUUCCAACGAACUUGUCGUAAUUAAAAACCAAAAGAAUGAAUUGGAACAAAUUGUUUCUACGAAACACAAUGAAAGUUUACAAUAUCAGAAUGAAAUUGACAAGUUGAUUCAACGUGUAAAUGAACAAACGGCUCAAAUCCAAAGAUUAAUUUCCGAGCAAACAGCGAAUGAAAUACAAAAAGAAGAGGAGGCAAAUCUGAAGGAACGGCAAAAAGAGCAUAUUCAUCAAAUUGACCAACAAAGCGAGCAAAGCGCCGAAAUUGUGACUCUGAAUAAAAAAUGCGACGCAUUAGAAAUUGCUUUGAUGCAAGAACAGUCCAACAAUAGAAUUCUGCAAAACCAGCUUACCGAAAGCCAAAACAGGGAAGCUAGCUCUGUUAAAGAAUUAGAAAGACUGAGGACGCAUUUGGUCGAAAUGGAAUCGAAUUAUACGGAAGAAGCUCUAAUCGCUGAAAACAGUCGUCAAGAGUUGGAGACUAGAUUAUUGCAGGCUGAAGAGAAAGUAAAGAGUAGUUCAACUGCUUUCACCUCGGCAAAUAUUCGGGCAAAUCAGCAAAUAGAAACGUUGCAGCAACAAAUUGCUCUAAUUUCUCAACAAAGAGACCAUAUACAGGCAAAAUUAUCUGCCACAGAAGACAAUAUUCUACUGCAGUCUGCCUCUUUGACAAAUUUGCAAAUAGUUUUGGAACAGUUUCAACAAGAUAAAGAACGCGAUAUUGAAGCAGCUACAGAAAAAAUUCGAUCUCAGCUCAAUGAAGCAUAUAAGAAACAAGAUAAACUCUUAAAUGAAAUUUCGAUACUUAAGCAACAAUUAUUGGAGGCUAAAGAAUGCUUGCAGGCUGCCUCAAGACUAAGCGAACAGCUUGAGAAGAAGGAUGAACAAAUCGAGCGACUCGACGAAGAAGUUACGCGGUUGACGACAUCGCUAAAUUUUGCCGAGCAAAGAGUAAAAGAGGCAGUGGAGCACGACGAGGAGAAAAUCGACAAGAUUCUUAUUAAAAAUCUCUUCUUGGGUUAUUUAUCUUCAACUACAUCGGACAAGUCUGCGAUACUCAGAGUCUUUGCCAAUGUUUUAAAUUUCACAGACUCGGAAAAAGAUAAAGCUGGUUUAAACAGUGGAACAGGGACACAAAGCAGUCGGUUCUUGCGCUCUUAUGACAAAAGUGGCAGUGUACCUUUAAAGUAUCAGGAAGCGUCUUUAUCGGCAGCUUUUGUGAGAUUUUUAGAGAGUGAAUCUAAACCGAAGCCUCAGCUACCACCUUUGCCGAUUGUGAAUUCAUCUUCAUCGGCAUCAGGAAAUAAACAACAAGCUCCAUCAUCAUCAUCAUCAUCGGCACAAUCUACGUUAUUAUUGUCUAACGUUGCUCUUCCAACAUUUCCAGACUUUAUUCCGGCCAGAAAUACAGGAUCUAUUUUGAAGGAGGUAUUAAAGGACAGUUGAUAUUAAACGCAUUAUAUAUUUAAAAAAUUGUACAAAUAAUAUUAGAAAUU